AUGGCCGCUCGAGGCAUCAAAGCUAUUGCGCCCGUGCCGACUGCGAAUGAUUUCUUAGACAUCGUAUUGAGCGGUACCCAACGCAGAACGCCUACUCAGAUCCACAAGGGCUUCAAGAUCUCCCGCAUCCGGUCAUUUUACAUGCGCAAAGUCAAGUUCACUCAGCAGACAUUUGAUCAAAAGCUUGGUGCAAUCCUCGACGAAUUUCCCAUCCUUGACAACUUGCACCCUUUCCUGUCGUCUCUACUCAAUGUGCUCUACGACAAGAACCAUUACAAGCUAGCGCUUGGUCAGCUCAACACUUGUCGCCAUCUGAUCGAUCAGGUCGGCAAGGACUACUUGCGCCUGCUCAAAUUCGGCGACAGCAUGUAUCGCUGCAAGCAGCUCAAACGUGCCGCGUUUGGAAGAAUGGCAACGAUUAUGCGGAGACAGAAGGAUUCGCUCGCCUAUCUCGAGCAAGUUCGUCAGCAUAUGUCGCGUCUGCCCGCAAUAGAUCCUACCACGCGCACGCUGCUCGUCUGUGGCUAUCCUAACGUCGGCAAAUCGUCGUUCAUCAACAAGAUCACACGCGCAGACGUCGAUGUGCAGCCUUAUGCCUUCACGACAAAGUCACUCUUUGUGGGACACAUGGACUACAAGUAUCUACGGUGGCAAGCGAUUGACACGCCUGGUCUACUCGAUGCACCGCUCGAGGAUAUGAACACGAUCGAGAUGCAAAGCAUCACCGCGCUCGCGCAUUUGCGAAGCUGUAUUCUGUUCUUCAUGGACCUCAGCGAACAAUGUGGCUACACUGUCGAAGCCCAGUGCAAACUGUAUCAAUCCAUCAAGCCGCUCUUUGCAAACAAACCCGUCUUCAUCGUCAUAAACAAAAUCGAUGUCACAAAGCCAGAAGAUCUCGAGCCAAGUCGUGCUGCUUUACUCGAUACGAUCCUCAAAGGCGACAACGUUCAAAUGCUCAAGCUGUCCUGCUUGUCGGAGGAAGGCAUCAUGGAAGUUCGCAAUACCGCUUGUGAAGCUCUGCUUGCCCACCGUGUUGAAGGCAAGGAGAAGACCAAGCGUGUAGAAGCGGUAGCAAGUAGGAUCAGAGUUGCCAUGCCGAGAGCAAGAGACGAGGUCGAGCGGACGCCGUUCAUUCCUGCUGGCGUUGCAACCCGACCCAAAUAUGAUAAGAAUGAUCCUGCUCGACGACUGCUCGAAGUUGACCUCGAGGAAGAGUCCGGCGGUGCCGGUGUCCAUUCCGUGGAUCUUAAAAAGAACUACCUGCUCAAAAAGGACGAAUGGAAGUACGACGUGGUGCCAGAGGUCAUGGAUGGCAAGAAUAUUGCCGACUUUGUUGAUCCUGAUAUCUUUGCGCGACUGGAAGAGCUCGAGAAGGAAGAGGAAAAGCUCGAGGCGGAUGGCUUCUAUGCGAGCGACGAAGAUCUCGAUUCUGACGAAGAAGCGAUAACAACGACUGCCAAAGACAUUCGAUCACGUAAAGAUCAGAUUCGUCUGCUCAAUACCCAGAAGAACAAGCUUCAGAAUAAGCCUGUCAUUCCUCGUGCGAACAAGAGACGUACUCUCAGCGAGAUGACGGCUGACCUGCGCAAGUCGGGUAUCGACCCGAGCACGCUCGAAGAGAGAGCUAAAUUACUCGCUGCCGCGAAUGCUGCCAGUGCCAAGAUUGGCAAGCGUAAGAGAUCUGAGAAUGCUAUGGACGUCGACGACGAAGAUGCGUGGGAGGACGAUGACGCGAUAGAGACAGAUCAAGCUGGCCCAGCCAAGUCCAAGAAAGCGAGAGCGACGGUCGCAGCAGUCACUGCAGGCAAGCGACAGCCUGUCACUGAUCGUCGCAAAGCCGGUAUCAAGGAGAGUCAACUCGAUGAAGCGAAGAAGAUGCGUCGUCUGGCGGAGCGCACGCCAAAUCGGAUGGCCCGCGCAGGCGAAGCAGAUCAUCGAAAUGUCACAAAGAUGCCGAAGCAUCUGUUUGCUGGCAAACGUAAAUCAGGCAAGACUCAACGCAGAUAG